AUGAGCUCCAACGAGGAGCUCCAAGAAUUGAUCCGCCAGUACACGGCGCAGCUCACCCAAAUCGGCCAAGCCCUCCAACGGACGACGGACGAUGGCGAGCGGACAGAGCUCGAAAAAUUGCGCUGCGAUUUGACGGAAUUACUAAAGCUUACGCAGGAAACGCUCGAUUGUACCACCGAUACCGAUCCGGAUGUCCCUCGGGAGAAAGAUGCAAUCGAUGACGAGUUUGCACUGUUUAUGAGCGAAAUCAAACAGCUUGAUCAAGCGGACGAAGCAGAGCCGCCGAAGCACGAGAACCCCGCGGCCGACGAUCUCGAUCUUGAGGGGCUGAUCGGUAGCAAGUGUUCCGCGCCGCACGUCCACUCCUGGGGCUCGAAGGUGUACCACAACGCGAUGGUAUGCAGUCUCGAUACGGUGCAAUUGGAACACGCGACGGCCAAAGUGCUCUUCACCAAUCCGACCCACCGGGAGAUGGUUCCGUGCGCGUACUUCCUCGAGGGCGAUUGUCGUUUCACCGACGACCGGUGUCACUAUUCGCACGGUGAAACGGUGCGAUUGGAUGAGUUGCGCGAUUACCGGGAACCACAGUUCGAGCGGCUUCAGCGUCCGGGAAGUGGAGCGUUGGUUAAGCAAUCGUCACGGCUCUGGGCCAAGGGAACCGUGCUGGCCGUCGACUACGAGGGCCGCACGUGCCGACUGGUGCUCGAGGAGGGCAAGCGGCAACUGGACGCGAUUCCGUUCGAGGACCUUUUCCCACUUGAGGACGGUGAAGCUUCGGAGGAUCCGGAACAGGGCGCGGCUGAAUCGACUGACGACGAAGAAGACGAUGAGGAAGAUGAUGAUUACGAUGCCGUGCGGAAGGCCCAGUUGGUGGAGCAAAGUCUCUUCCAGUCGGCACCCGAUCGACGGUUGGGCGAAUGGGAAGACCACACGCGGGGCAUCGGGUCGCGGAUUAUGCAAAAGAUGGGCUACGUCGUUGGCACGGGACUCGGGCGUGAAGGCGAAGGCAUCGUGUUGCCAGUCAGCGCACAGGUCCUACCGCAGGGCCGCUCACUCGACUACUGUAUGGAGCUGCGGGAACAGGCGCACGGUGAUCGGGAUCUGUUCAGCGUGGAGAAGAAACUGGUGCAGCUACGCAAGCAGCAGGAAAAACGUGACGCUCGUGACUACAGUCGACGCCAGGAAGCGGCCGCCAAACGAAAGGAUGUGUUUAGUUUCAUAAAUGAACAGAUUUUCGCCGGGGGACACGGUUCGAAGCGUGAUCCGAAUCAUCGGCAGCAAUCAUCACCCGUCACGACGCGCGAUCUGAAGGAACACUCGUCGAAGAACCUGAACAUUGCGAGCUUGAAGCUGUCGGAAGAAAUUCGCCGAGCGGAAGCGGAAGUGGAGCGGAUAAAGAUUGCCCUGACGCGCCACAAAACGGGCACACCGACCGGCGACAGUUUGCGCCGGCAGCUCGAUGCGAAACGGGCCGAGAUUGCGCGGUUACAGACCACGGAGGGCACCAUUUCGAAGGAGCAACAGCUGCGCAGUGAUAAGCGGAAGAUGACAGUAUUUUAGAAAAGGGACGGAAACGGAA